AUGCGUAUGAAUGCAGGGGAUGGGAGGUGUGGGGGGCUAACGCCACCUGUGCGGGCGCAGUGCUGCGGCGAGGGGCCUGGAGGUGUCGGAUGCUGCGUUGGAAGUCGCUUGCUGCGAUGCUCUGAAGCGCCUGCUAGAUUUAAAGAGAGCUUGAGAUGCAGGAAAGCAGAUGGCUGGCAGACUAGGAAGAGAAAUAAUAGUCGUCUUUUAUGUUUUUCAGGUGAAAAAUUGGAGGAGUUUCUCCGCUCGCUAAACAGCAGUAAACCUCUGUAUUUGGGACAGACUGGUCUGGGGAAUAUUGAAGAGCUUGGAAAACUCGGGCUUGAGCCGGGAGAGAAUUUCUGCAUGGGAGGGCCGGGAAUGAUCUUCAGCCGCGAGGUGCUCCGGAGGAUGGUGCCGCACAUCGGCGAAUGCCUCCGAGAAAUGUACACCACCCACGAGGACGUGGAGGUGGGCAGGUGCGUCCGCAGGUUCGGAGGAACCCAGUGCGUUUGGUCGUACGAGAUGCAGCAAUUGUUUCAUGAAAAUUAUGAACACAACCGGAAGGGUUACAUUCAAGAUCUUCACAACAGCAAAAUUCAUACGGCCAUAACACUUCAUCCAAAUAAAAGACCAGCCUACCAAUACAGACUGCACAAUUACAUAUUGAGCCGCAAAAUUUCAGAGCUGCGCUAUCGGACCAUCCAGCUCCACAGGGAAAGUGCCCUGAUGAGCAAGCUCAGUAACAAUGAAAUCAGUAAGGAAGACCAGCAACUGGGAGCGAUGCCAUCUUUCAAUCGUUUCCAGCCACGCAAAAGGGCUGAAGUCAUUGAAUGGGAGUUUCUAACGGGAAAACUUCUCUACUCGAUGGUGGAGAACCAGCCACCCCGGCAGAGCCUGAGCAGCGUCCUGCGGGCCGCGCUGGAUGACACAGUAAUGCAAGUCAUGGAAAUGAUAAACGAGAACUCUAAAUCUAGAGGAAGGCUCAUUGAUUUCAAGGAAAUACAGUACGGUUACCGCAGGGUGGACCCUAUGCACGGAGUGGAGUACAUCCUGGAUUUACUGCUUUUGUACAAGAGGCACAAAGGAAGAAAAGUUACGGUUCCAGUCAGACGUCACGCUUACCUUCAGCAGUUGUUCAGCAAACCUUUCUUCAGAGAAGCGGAGGAGCUUGAUGUAAGAAGCCUCGUGGAGGAUACUAACACGGACACUCAAUCUUUCUCUUUUCUUUCAAAUUCUUUAAAGAUUUUUUCAUCAUUCCAAGGCACCAAAGACAUUGCAGGACACAGUGACAAGAAAAUACAUAUUCUUGUCCCUCUGAUAGGACGAUACGAUAUUUUCUCAAGAUUUAUGGAUAACUUUGAGAAGACUUGCCUGAUUCCUAGGCAGAAUGUGAAGCUGGCAGUAAUUCUCUUCAGUUCGGAGUCUAGCCAAGAUUCCAGCAAACACAUAGAGCUGAUGAAAGAAUAUAGCAACAAGUAUCCCAAGGCAGAUAUGACCCUGAUUCCUAUGGCAGGAGAAUUUUCUAGAGGUUUAGGUCUUGAAAUGGCCUCAUCUCAGUUUGACAAUGACACUUUGCUGCUGUUCUGUGACGUUGAUCUGAUAUUCACACCAGACUUUCUCCAGCGAUGUAGAGAUAACACUAUUCAGGGAGAACAGGUUUACUACCCCAUCAUCUUUAGCCAAUAUGAUCCAAAAGUAGUAUAUGGAGGCAACCCUCCAGCUGACAGUAGUUUUGUUUUCACAAAAAGGACUGGAUUUUGGAGAGAGUAUGGAUUUGGAAUUACUUGUAUUUACAAAAGUGAUCUGUUGACUGCUGGUGGAUUUGAUACCUCAAUUCAAGGCUGGGGACUUGAGGACGUAGACCUCUUUACGAAAGUGAUAACGUCUGGUUUGAAGGCUUUUAGAAGUCAAGAAGUAGGAGUUGUACAUAUUUUUCAUCCAGUUCAGUGUGACCCCAAUUUAGAUCCAAAACAAUAUAAAAUGUGCUUAGGGUCCAAAGCAAGUACAUUUGCCUCUACCAUGCAGCUCGCUGAACUUUGGCUAGAGAAGCAUUUGGGUGUCAGGUACAAUCGAACUCUCUCCUGACAUCCCAGCCCAUUUUGCCUUUGUAGGGGAGUUUACCUCAUUAUUAUUAUUACUAUUUUAUUUUGCUGUCAUAUUUUUAAACUCCCUCCUCAGUGUCUUCCAAAGACUGUUGACCUCAAACAGGAUGAGUCUGCUGUUCACUGAUAUUUCUUAUUCCUACUGAACUGGUUAGGUGACAUCUUUCAUGUUUCUUUUAUUUGAAAUUCAGUUAAGUCGUGGCAGUCGUGAUCCCAUGGAGCACAUCCCUCAUGAGAGACUGCAUUGGAAGAAUAUUCUCUUGGGGCUGUAGGAUGCAAUAUCAUCUUUGUUGUGUUUCUCAGACUUGAUGCGAUACAAAUAUUUACUGGUGAAGGUACCACAAAAGUGCUUUAUGCUUCCUCUGCGGAAGGAACUCUGUAACAUAAACUUGAGUUUUAUAAUUUAUAUGAGGACUUAAAUAUAUAAACACUACUUUUCUUCAUCUUUAGAAUUUUUAAAGUAAAUGAAUAACUAUGAUUGUACCUUUAUUUUUUAAGAAAAAGAAAAACUGAGGAGUCACUUGCAAAUGCAACUGGUACUGGCUACCAAGGUCCUUAAAUGUCUUAUUAUAAUAACAAGCUCCUUAUUGUUGUUCACUCUAAGUGUGAAUGAACUUUUUUUUCACAAGCAACAGGAUUUAAUCAAAAACUCUAGUUCACAAAGCUUCUAAAGUGAACAUAUGUCCUUCAUUUGCUGGCAAGAAGAAACUAUGACAUAACAUGGUUAUUUAUAACAAAGUGCAGGCAUACAGUAUUCUUUUUUUCAGACACUUAGUAUAAGUUGCUCUUUCUCUUUUUAGAAUGAGUCUAAUAUAUAGUUUUCUUUUACAUUCCUUUCAUAAUGCUACACUUGAUAAAGAGUGUUAAAAGUUAAAGCUGCAUCUUUUUUUACGUUGUCCAUGAUUAUUGGUACGCAGAAACUAUUUGUUGUUAAAAUUUAAAAUAACUGUAAAAUAAUUAUUUAAGUUUGAAAAUUUACUAUUGCUGGUCAAAGUUCCUUGCCAUUAUAUUUAUAUUAGCGGAGAUUGUAGGACUGUGUUAAGAUUUAUCUCUCUGGACAGCCUGAAGUUGUCAUGUUAUGGGUUUAUGGAGUAAAGUAUUUAAAAUGAUACCAACAUAAGAAAUAAUAUCAUUUUUGUAUUUUAGAGAGAUUUUU